UGCAGAAGCAGAUCACCGAAAUGCUGUUGAGGAAUGAAGCUCUUUCGAAUGUCACUUUAGGGCAAAACUCAGUUCCAUAUCUCCGCAACACAUUACAGUUAGGUUGUUAACCGAGUUUCCAAUUCUUCCCUGCAGAACCCAGUCCUGGCUGCCUCUUCUGACUCAAUCCGGGUUAGAUUCUCGCCUGCCAGGUUAAAAACUGGGCUCACUGCUUGGAAUAGUUCGCAAGAUGGCGGCCGCCGUAGUCCGAGGUCUGGGCUCCGCUUUGGCCAAAAAUCUCCGUGAAAUCCGAAUCCACGUCUGCCAAACGUCCGCCGCCAGCAAGGGUACCAGAGACUUUGUGGAGCAGCACUACGUGGACCUGAAGCGAGCCAACGCAGACUUCCCCAUCCUGGUCCGAGAAUGUUCCGGAGUGGAGGCCCGGCUGUGGGCCCGUUACGAUUUGGGGAAGGAGCGCAGCGUCUCCCUGGACAACAUGUCCGUUGAUCAGGUGGCCCAAAGUCUGCACACGCUGGUUCAGGCCAAGCCAUGACACACCUGCGCAAACCGUGAAAACACGCCUUGUCAUGUAUCGAUGUGAAUAAGAAA